UCACGAUCGUGAAGACUUGCUCUCCACACGUCGAUUAAAUCACACCACUCUACGAGUGUGGACAAGAUUACAACCAAGCACAAAAAACUACACUGCGUACAUCUGAACAGGACAGGGACUCUACACAUUGGGUUGCGUAGUAUCAAUUUAUCCAGCAAAACCUCUUCCCAUCUCCGCCACAUCAGGCCAGUCCUAAACAAAUUCGUUUUGCCAUCUCCACCACCACCACCACCAACACCCAUCUAUCAACGCACCCAACUUCACUCCCUCAAAAUGCUGCACACCGCCAAGAAAAUCUUUGCCCCAACAAGCAAUUCCUCCGACCCGGGCCACGCAACGCAAUACACCAAAGGCGCCCUUUCCCACAGCGACCUCCUCCCCUCACCCACAGACCAAUUCCACGCCUGGUUCGCCGAAGCGCAAGCGAACUCAGUCUACCAGCCCGAAACGGUAACCUUGUCCACAGCCUCGCUGCCGUCAGGAAAGGUCUCAGCGCGCAUGGUCUACAUGAAGGAGCUCGACGCCCGCGGCUUUGUCAUCUACUCGAACUGGGCCACGUCGCGCAAAGCGGAAGACACGCGCUCGAACCCCUAUGCGGCGCUUACCUUUUGGUGGCACGAGAUGGAGCGCCAGGUCCGUGUUGAGGGGCCCACGGAACGCCUCACGAGCGAGGAGAGCCAGGUUUACUAUGACACGCGCAUUCGGGGGAGUCGCUUGGGCGCGUGGGCUAGCGAGCAGAGCAAGGUGCUGCAGGGGCGGGAGGAGCUGGAGAAGCGGGUGGAGGAUGUGGAGAAGCGGUUCGACGGCAAGGAGGAGAUCCCCGUGCCUGAGUUUUGGGGUGGGCUGAGGGUUGUGCCUGAGGUUGUGGAGUUUUGGCAGGGUAGGCCGAGUCGUUUGCAUGAUAGGUUGCGGUAUACGAAGGGGGAGGGAGAGGAGUGGAAGGUGGAGAGGUUGAGCCCGUAAACAUGAUCGUUUACGCGCAAUAUUGGGAAAUGUCACUAUGGAUAGGCAUAUACAGCAUUUAGUAGGGUAUUGUACUACACCGACAUGUGAUCAAAUCCCGCGUAGCACUAGACGACAAAAAGCUUGAACUGAAAUAAACAUGGAUUGCUCCUGCUACAAUACGAUGGAAAGGAAUAUCUACUAAACC